GGCNUGCUUGACUAACUUUGACUGAGAAAUGACACGCCAAUAAGAUGCUGCCACGUGUCUGCUCCCUUUCUACCCAAAUUAGGGUUUUCAGAUUUGGAAAAAAAACCUUGUUGCUUCCCCUGCACUGCGCCGUCAUGGAGAGAGUGAAGAACUCGCGUGGUCUCUUCAAGGNGCGAUUGUUUCUGCUUAUUGCUGGGUUUAUUGCAGGUUCUGAUGCGGUGAUGGAGGAGAUUUCUUCAAAGCGCAUCAAGGUGGCGCGGCGGAAGUGCGAAGAUGGUGGAGUCGCGACGGCCAUGGUUGCGAUUGCAUUCUCUGGUUGGCGNCCAUGGAGAAGCUUGCGCGAGGAUGGUGAUGCNAUGGCAAAGUUGGGUUUCGCGGCGGCGACUCAUAGUUCGAAGGGUUUCUUUGAAUUGGAUCUCUUGAUUCUGGGUUUUGUUGGGUUGUUUGAUUCGCAGGUAGUGAUGAANGAAGGAGAAGAUCGCNUGAUGAAGAUGGUGUUGUGCGUCGGCAAUGGAGGUUUGAACAUCACAAGGCUUCUGUCGCGAUUCUUGGUUAAGCGAGGAAGAUGGUUCGAGUCUGAGAUCUGUUUGCAGGGGCAUGUUGAUGGUGAUGUCUUCACGGCGGCUUGCUCGCGAGGAAGAAGAUGGUGGUCGAAGUGUGGUGGCCAUGGAGGAGGCGCUGUGAUGGUCGUUCCUGCGGUGGCGGAGAUGGUGGAGUCACGACGGCGGCUAGGGUUUCUGGGUUAGGAAUUAGGGUUUCAGGAGAAGGUGGUGAUGACGUGGCAAGUGGGCUGAGGUGGCAUGUGCUGGUUGGUCUAUCUGGUGUGCAGAGGAUUUGGACAUGUGGCGUGAUCUGGUGAAGUCUAGGGUAGGAGGGGUGCGUAUAGGAAUUUAGGGGUUACGGAUAUAAAAGGCUUAGUGUUUUGGGCUUGGUUGUUGGCCUGGUUUAGACAAGAGGUGCAUGUAGGGAAAUCUGGGGGUGCAAGGGUAAAAACUGUCUGUUUGGCCCAUCUGUAUAUUAUUUAUCAAAUAAAAUCUGAUUUUGGGCUUUAAAUUACA